GGCAUUUAACUGGAGGAGAUUCAAUCCGGCUCGGCAUGAUGUCGUCUCGAGCGGCAAACUAUGACAAGUAAAGAUUGUACGAGAAGCAACAUAUUUACAAUUUUUUUUACAAUUUCUGUGCGAAAUGAAAUAUCUACAGCAUCCUGGAUUGAAGCGUCUAUUAUAGCACCAUCUACCUGAAACAUCCUGAAACUUGGAUGCCAUUGGCUGUGGCUAUGCGUACCUUGCUUCACAGAUUUGCUUGACCGCAGCUUUUCUCUCAGCUCAUUCAUGUCUAGAAUCCUAGAACUUCCUUCUUAUUUCGCGCGGUAAAUUUGUGCCGGGAUGGAAGACAUUGAGCUUGUUCUUCAGCAAUGGCGAAGCCUACAACCGGAUGGAGCAGUCUUCCGGGCGGAAUGUCUGGAUGCCGCGAUUUCCAUGGUGGGCAAUCUAAUCGCCGAGUCCGGUGCGCAGCGGUGUUUGCAACGAAAAGCCUUGCAGCUUUUAAGAGUAGACGACAAUGUCCAAGUGCCAGUGCUCGUACAAAUGCUACAAGUAGAUGAAGGCUUCGUUUUUGAACCCAACGGAGGGAAACGCAAAGGAGAUGCAUCGCAUGCAGAAUCACCUUCCGACACCACUGGGACCACUACCUCUGCAGUGGUGUACUUUCCUUGCUUUUGGCAAGCGAUGCAUGAACUUCAAAAACGCUUGGCCGGUGCCGGUGCCGGUCGCGAGCAAAGAAAUGAAGAAGGCAUAGCGGUGGAGGUGUCCAGCUUUCGGGAUGCUGCCUUGGAUUUAGCUGCUUCACAGCGACUUACCACAGCGAGCUUUGCUGACCUUUUAGUUUCAUUCAAAGGGUCUUCUACAGAUCCUUGCGCUUGGGAUGGACUUUUGGACUCGGUUCGGUUCCUGAUGCAUGAGAACCAAUCGAAGCAAAUAGCAACGCAGAGUGCCACUUUGCAACAGCUAGUACUGGCGCAGAAGCCCAUGUCCAUGGCAUUUUUGGCGGCGAUUCUACUUCCAUGGCUCUUUGAACUUUGUGAAGAUUACCUCCGAGGUGGAAGAGCAAGUCUACUUCGAGGAGUUAAAGAUGUCUUGGGCUGCAGCACUCGGGAGGCCUACGAGCUUUUGUCCAAGGGAAAAUGGGAUUUGGAGACAGCCCUUCGUCAGCACGACUUGUUGAACCAGCUUCUCGGCAAUGGUUCGCGGUACUGUAAAGCUUUGCUAGGUGUACAGCCGUGACAUCAUAUCAUGGACAUCGGCAUACUUGUUGCAUGUCUUCAAAGAGAAGCUAUAUAUAAU